CUCCACAUAUUUCGUUAUCCGUUCACAUCCACCAUAACUGUUAUAUUUCCAACUUCCUCCAUUCUCAAAAUGAGCAUCACACCACCCUCCUUCCGCCGCAGAUGGCCACCGGACUUGGUUUCCUCGCACCCAAACCCAAAUGUCUAACUUCUCACUUCACAAAGCCUUCUUAUAUCCCCACUUCUUCUUCCGCGCCCACUCGAAAGUUGUCGAUUAGACGCACUUUGCUGCUCAGAGGCAGAGCCACCGCCGAUCCAUCAGGUCAGGUUGAAAAUGAUGAAGUUGUUGAUAGCAACGUCUUGCAGUAUUGCAGCCUGGAUAGGAAGCAGAAAAAAACUGUAGGGGAGAUGGAACAGGAAUUUCUUCAAGCACUUCAGGCGUUGUAUUACGAGGGGAAGUCUAUAAUGUCAAAUGAAGAAUUUGAUAAUCUCAAGGAAGAACUAAUGUGGGAAGGAAGCAGCGUUGUGAUGCUAAGUGCUGAUGAGCAGAGGUUUUUGGAAGCUUCGAUGGCCUAUGUAUCCGGAAUCCCAUUGUUGUCCGACAGGGAGUUUGAUGAACUGAAAGAUGGGAGUGAAAUUGUGGUUGAAGGUCCUCGAUGCAGCCUCCGGAGUAGGAAGGUCUAUAGCGAUCUUUCUGUGGACUACCUAAAGAUGUUCCUUCUGAAUGUUCCAGCCGCAGUUGUUGCAUUAGGACUGUUUUUCUUUCUGGAUGAUAUAACUGGCUUCGAGAUCACCUAUCUCUUAGAGCUUCCGGAGCCUUUCAGUUUUAUCUUCACAUGGUUUGCAGCUCUGCCCCUCAUAUUAUGGCUAUCGUUCACACUCACAAAUGCUGUUGUGAAAGAUGUUUUGAUCUUAGUGGGAGUCUGUCCGAACUGUGGAACUGAGAACAAUUCAUUUUUCGGUUCCAUACUAUCGAUUUCUAGCGGAGGCUCCACGAACAACGUCAAAUGCUCCAAUUGUGGAAGUGCACUGGUGUACGACUCCAAGACACGUUUGAUUACGUUGCCUGAGGGAAGCGAGGCAUGACUUGAUAAGGAUGUUGACAUAGCCGACAUUGGUGUGAUGUGAAGUGAACAUAUUACACAGGCUUCUCGGGUGUUGUAGCAAGAUAUCACGUUUCUUAAACUAUUUUAUUGCAAUAUCCAUUGUCAUUUGGCAGACUGGAAAAAAUAUAUCUUGGAAAUGCAUGGGUUUUACUCUAAAUAUAAAAAAGCAGUAUCGACUAA